GGUAUAUGUGUCGUUCUGUGUAUAAUAUUGCUUUUUUAAUGAAACUGAUCAGCUUCUAGGAGAACAAUAAUUUCAGGAAAUACACUCGAUUGUUGAUGACCUGUCAGCUCGACUUGGCGACGUGGGAGAUGAAUGGUUGAUCAGCAGUGAAACAUCACCGAAAUAUUUCGAAUUCACACCAAUUGAAAUGCACGCCAUAACGGAACGACUUCGACUUCCUGAACCUACAGCUCCAGAUCCUCGGAUGGUAGCUGACCUCGGGAAUACUAUCGACUUCUUACAUCGAGUUCGGGCUUUAAAAAUUCGUGGAGCAAAAGGUUACGUUGGAACGUCUAAUAUCGUGUGGAACACGCUUUCUUAUAGUCUCCAUUGUUGCAAGAAUUUAUUGGCUCUAUGGAUUUCGGAUUCGGACGUCUCUAAAGUGCAUGGACUGAGCACUACUAAGCGCACUUUACGUCGGCUCAUCGUUCAUUACUCAAUGAAUAAUAUUAAGGAUCUACUAGUGGAAGAUGUUCCACUUGUGCCGUUUUCAGAAAUGCAACAUUGGGAAUGUCUGGAAGAAGUGGACUUCUCGUUCAAUGAGCUCAAAGACAUUGAUGAGAGCAUUCAGUUACUUGGUGGCGUGCAAAGGUUGAACAUUAGCCACAACAACGUAACAGAAAUUGGUUGUUAUUUGCAGUUACUUACUUCUCUUACUGAAUUGGAUUUGUCUUCGAAUGGCAUCAGCUCUAUUCUUCAGUGGAAUGAAUUACUCGGAAACUUAAAAAAGCUUAUUUUAUCAAAUAAUGCCAUCAGAGACGUUUCGGGUCUUUCACGACUGUACUCCUUGGAAUAUUUGGAUCUACAGAACAAUGCACUUGAGACCAUAGAAUCUGUCUAUCCGUUAGGGUUGUUGCCCUGUUUAGAAGCGCUUCACCUGUGUGGGAAUCCUGUCCGAAAUGUUAUAGAGUAUAGAACGAAGGUACUAGAAGCUUUUGGCGAAAGGAGCUGUGAGAUCAGACUUGAUGGAAAAGCACCUGAUGAUCGUGAGCGAGACACAAUAAAACUUCGGUUGGCGUUGCGUCGUGCAAAGAAGGAAAAAGAGGAAAAGGAAAGGAAGAGACGGCAGAAGAUAGAGGAGAAAAUUCGGUGCGUGAGUGUAUAA